UACUACUACUACUACUACCUCGCAUCACAACUCAGACUCACCUCUCUCUCUUUCUUCGCUUUGCUUUAGCUCUCUUCUCUCUUCAAUAUAUAAGUUCUCAUCUCCCACAUAAACAUAUUUAUAACCUCUGUAAAUUUGUUAUCUGUCCAUUUUUGAGCUCUGAUUCAAGUUUCAGUUUCUGGGUUUUUUGUUCUUUCCUCUGCUUCAACUACCAGUCCUGCUUUGUUUUCAUUCAUUUCUGUUUUCUGGGUUUUUGUUUGAACUUUAAACAACCCUUUUGGGAGUUCUUUCUGAUUAUUUGCUCCAAAAAAGCCUUGAAAUUUGAGUCAAAGAUUCAUGCUUUCUGGGUUUCCUGUAGGAUUUUUUCCCCAGUAACCAAACAAGAAGAGAAAAUCAUCAGCACUAUGUUUGUUAAGGCCUCUCUCGCUCUGGCUCUGCUUCUGAUCUUCGCAAGCGCUUUUGUAUCUAUUGCUCGGAUUCACAGCCACGACAAUCACAGCCCCAAUGGCUCAACUCUCGCCGGCAUAGAGUUUCCGGAGCACAUGAGCUUCAAUGCUGUGUCCUCUUCAUCCCACACCGGCUGUUCCUUUGGAAAACCAGAGUCAACAACCACGGAAUCAGCGCCGAAUGAAGAAUCUGAUGACGGAGAAGAUGAGGAUGAAGCAGUUGGUCCCCAAAAACAUUCUGUGAAGCUCCACUUGAGGCACGAAAAGAACUCUGUUUUCGAGUCCACGACCAAAGACUUGACCAGAAUUCAAACCCUCCACACCAGAAUUGUCGAGAGAAAGAACCAGAACACCAUUUCAAGGCUACAUAAAGACAAGAAGGUCCACUUAAAGGAGGUUGUUGUUGUGGCUCCGGCAGCCUCAUCGGAGUCUUAUGUCAGCGCCAGCGAGCUUUCAGGCCAGCUGGAGGCGACGUUGAAGUCCGGGGUGAGUCUUGGCUCUGGAGAGUACUUCAUGGAUGUUUUCAUUGGUACACCUCCUAAACACUUUUCUUUGAUACUUGAUACUGGUAGUGACCUCAAUUGGAUUCAAUGUGCACCUUGCUAUGAUUGUUUUGAGCAAAACGGACCGCAUUAUGAUCCGAAAGACUCAACUUCAUUUAGCAACAUAGGCUGCCAUGAUCCCAAGUGUCAGUUGGUUUCGUCUCCUGACCCUCCUCAGCCUUGCAAAGCUGAGAACCAAACAUGUCCUUAUUUCUAUUGGUAUGGGGAUAGUUCUAACACAACUGGGGAUUUUGCUCUCGAAACUUUUACUGUUAAUCUUACAUCUCCCACUGGGAAGGCUGAGUAUCGAAAAGUAGAGAAUGUGAUGUUUGGAUGUGGCCAUUGGAAUAGAGGCUUGUUUCAUGGGGCUGCAGGGUUGUUGGGACUAGGGAGAGGGCCUCUCUCCUUUGCUUCUCAGCUUCAAUCACUGUAUGGUCAUUCGUUUUCGUAUUGUCUUGUUGAUAGAAACAGCGAUACGGAUGUUAGCAGCAAGUUGAUAUUUGGGGAGGACAAGGCCUUACUGAGCCACCCAAAAUUGAAUUACACAUCCUUGGUUGCUGGCAAAGAUAACCCUGUUGAUACAUUUUACUAUGUUCAGAUCAAAUCUAUCCUAGUCGGAGGAGAAGUGGUGAAAAUACCGGAGGAGACUUGGAAUUUGUCCUCGGAGGGGGCUGGAGGUACAAUCAUUGAUUCAGGUACUACAUUGAGUUACUUUGCGGAUCCUGCCUAUGAGAUGAUUAAGGAGGCAUUUUUGAAGAAGGUUAAAGGGUAUCCCGUAGUGAAGGACUUUCCGGUUUUGGAUCCUUGUUACAAUGUGUCUGGAGUUGAGAAAUUGGAGCUACCAAAAUUUGCAAUUGUGUUUGCAGAUGGAGCUGUUUGGGAUUUCCCACUUGAGAACUACUUCAUCCAGAUUGAACCUCAAGAGGUUGUUUGCUUAGCUAUUUUGGGGACUCCUAAAUCUGCUCUUUCGAUUAUUGGUAACUAUCAGCAGCAGAAUUUCCACAUCCUCUAUGACACAAAGAAGUCUAGGCUGGGAUAUGCACCAAUGAAAUGUGCUGAUGUUUAACAAACUUUGCUAGAAGGUGGAGAAAAUUUGUAAACAUGGUAGUCUGGGAGGGACAAUUUUUUCUCUUCUUUUUAGUCUUUUUUCCUCUUACUGAAAAGGAUCAGAGGUAACCAUACAGAAAUUAGAUUCAUUGUUUUUCCUUUCUUUAUUUUAGACAGGAUCAUAAUCUGUACUGAAAUCAGAAGUAUUAAUGCAUUUUGUACACAUUUUAUACUG